UUCAGUGUCAUCUACAAUUAGUCUUUUCUUUCAUCCCUAAAAAUACCACCCUGGGGGCAGGAGAAUGGAGGAAGAAAGUCUAGAGAUGGACCACAAGAACUCCCUAACGGGAUCUGCAAUCGGGAGAAUUGGCAAGUAUCCAUUCGCGUCACAGUGAGAGAAGGUAAAAGUUGAAUAACCUGGAGAAGCAUGCAGAAGAUUGCGAAUAUCGGCAGAUAAGGUGCGGAUCGCUGAGAUGCUCGCAGAGGGAGUAUAAAUCCAUUCGCCAAGAGAUUCGAGAUCACACGAAUUUUUUUUCGGGAGAAUGCGCGAGUUUGAAAAUAGCAACUCUUGCUGAUAAACGGUUAUACAAACAAGAGAAUCUCUUUUAUUGGGCGAGAAAAGGUGCGCUCUUGCGAAGCACUCACCUCUGCGCUUGUCGUUUGACCACCGACCAGAGGAAGAGCAUAAAAGGCACCAGCAACAGACACUCGAGCACCAUUCUCUUGUUUGUUCUUCUUGCAAGAUCAUCUGCAAGUGCCGUUCAAGUGAUCAUUAUGGUGAAAAGUGGCAGAUUGUUUCUUCUCAUUGCCACUGCCAGCAUCGCCUGGGCACUCCCCAAUCGCGACGCCAAGACAGUUGGGCAGGAGAGAAAUGCAGCCGGAGUGGCCACCAACAUUGUGACCUCGACUAUUCUGAAGGGCAACAUUGAAAAUCACGAGAACUUUGUCUUCUCCCCACUUGGAUUUUCCUCCAUCCUGGCCAUCCUCAGCGAAGGUGCCCGAGGGAAAACCUACGAUGAGAUCAAUGAAGUCCUCAGACAGCCCAGCGAUCGUCUGAGAGUGAGGGAAACCUACAGUGAUGCUCUGAAGAAUCUCCAGGGGGAGAAUCCCAAGUCCGCUCCUCAGUUUAAAACCUGGUUUUACGUCUAUCGCAAUAACACCGCCGAGGAAGACUUCAAGGAGCUCCUGAGGAAGUGUUACUUCGUCGACGUAAGAGACAUCGAUCGAUACCACUACGAUUACGAUGAUCCCCCCAAAACGUCAGAACCCAUUGAGAAUAGCAAGGAUAUUCCGAAUUUUGAGGACCUGAAGAAAUCUGAACCGGCUGAUGCUGCCAAAUCCGAAGUUUUGCCUGAGAAGAAGGACAAAGAGACAGAAAUCUCAAAGUUCGACAAGGAGAUCGACGAUCAGCAAUACGUUGAGGUGCCGGUAAUCAAGGAGCACCUGAAGAAAGAGACUAAGAAAAAGUUGGAUGAGCCAGUGAAGAAGAGCGAACCUGAAUUGAAGAAACUCGAAGAUCUGGAGAUUCUCCAAUUCGCUAAGCAGAACCCAGUGACAAAGAAGUCGGAGGCUUCCGGUCGCACACUCUUCGAGAAUGACGUGGCUUCUGCCCUGAGUGGAAAUUCCCUGGUGGGUGAGAAGACAAGUCCCAAGAGUGAGGCUCCAGCUGAGAAGUAUGAAUCGAAAAUGCUCCUCUUCAACGGGCUGUACUUCCGCGGCAGCUGGGGUGUGCCGUUCCAGCAGCUGAGGUCUGAUCCCGAGGAUGUCUUCUACUGCUCCGAGACUGAGAAGAAAGCUGUGACCAUGAUGAGAUCCAGAGGAAACUUCCGAUAUGCUGAUUGUCCCAAAUAUAGCAGUCAAGUCAUUGAACUUCCUUAUGAGAACGAUCGCUACUCUCUGCUGAUCUUGAUGCCCAAUGAAAAAGAGGGCCUCAAGAAACUCAUCGCAGAAUUCAAUGCUGAUAUAUUUGAUGAAAUUGUCUCACAUCUUAAGGAAUGCAGCAUUGAGCUGAGUCUCCCGAAGUUCAGUUUAGACACAACCAGUCGUGCUGAGAAACACUUGGCCAAGAUGGGCCUGAUUACACUCUUCACGUCAAAGGCCGAUCUCAGUGGUAUUUCUUCAUCGCAAAAACUCCAUGUGGACGAACUCGUUCAGCAUGUUUCGAUCCGAGUCAACGAAGGUGCCAGCAGUGAAAACUCCCUGACCGCCGCCAAUGCCGUUCGGCCCAAAUCCAGCGACAACACGGAGAAACUCCUCACCAUCGAUCGACCAUUCUUGUUCUUCGUGCGUGACCAUGUGGACAACUUAACUGUGGUCGCCGGCAAGAUCACAAGUCCACCCAAUGCAGAAGGUCAGACUUUGCUCUGAUUCCCUUUGGCGUGUGAUAUGAUAAGAUCGAUAAAAUGCAUUUCAGCGGCACUUUGGAUGCAUUAUUGACUGUCUCAUUGGAUGACGAUUGAAUGCGAUUGAUCUUAUCCUUCAAUGAGGAUUUAAUUGUAUCCAAUGCUUUUGCAUUAUAUUAUCAACACUCUCUCCAA